GAAAGGCUGGGGCGUUGCCCAUCAAAAUUAUAAAAUAUUUCGAAUUUGAGAAAAUAUAAUAUCUCCAAGAUAAACAUAGUACGUUUGUUACUUCUGUGGAUUAUACUGUAUAAAACAACUUUUUUUUUUUUUUUUAGUAAGGCAUCAUUUUGAACAACCACAAAGGGGUCCUUCACGUCAACACGGAAGUCAAACGUCGAUGACCGAUGUUUGUUUUGCUACCAUUAGCAGUAUGCCUGCUGAACGUCGGCGCUCAAUAAACAUGGACGAGAAAGAUGUGGCCUCCUUCAGUGCCAAGGACAAAGAGAAAGACAAAGAUGGGGAGAGGAAACCAGCACCGCCGCGGGACAAAGCAAAAGACGAGGCCAAGAUGAGCAGCAAAAAAGACGGCGGAAAAGACGAGAAGAGGAAGCGCGUGGAGGAGGAAAAGAAGAAGAAAGAGGAGAAGGAGCGAAGAAAGAAGGAGGAAGAGAAACAGAAAGCAGAGGAAGAGCAGAAGCAGAAAGAAGAGGAGGAGAAGAGGCAGCAAGAGGAGCAGGAGAGGAAGCUUCAAGAGGAGGAGACCAAGAGGCAACGGGAGGAGGAAGAAGCUCUCCUGAAGGAACAGGAAGAGGGGAAUCAGCUGCACCAGGAGGCCUGGGAGCGCCACCACACCAGGAAGGAACUGCGCAGCAGGAACCAGAAUGCCCACGAGGCUCGGCCCGAAGAAGCCUUCUUCACCCGACUGGACUCCAGUCUGAAAAAGAACACGGCCUUUGUCAAGAAGCUGCGCACGCUCACUGAACAGCAGCGCGACUCGCUCUCCAACGAUUUUGCCUCCCUCAACCUGAGCAAGUACAUCGGCGAGGCGGUGAGCUCCGUCGUGGAGGCCAAGCUGAAGAUCUCGGACGUGGGCUGCUCCGUCCACCUGUGCUCCCUCUUCCAUCAGAGGUACGCCGAGUUUGCUCCGCUACUUCUGCAGGCCUGGAAGAAGCACUUUGAGGCCAGGAAGGAAGACAAAGCGCCCAAUGUAAGCAAGUUGCGCACAGACCUGCGCUUCCUGGCCGAGCUCACCAUCGUGGGAUUCUUCACCGACAAAGAGGGUCUGUCUCUCAUAUACGAGCAGCUGAAGAACAUUAUCAACACCGAUCGCGAGACGCACACUCACGUGUCGGUGGUGAUCAGCUUCUGUAAGCACUGUGGCGACGAUAUCGCCGGCCUUGUGCCCCGCAAGGUGAAGGUGGCUGCUGAGAAGUACAAGCUGACCUUUCCUCCCAGUGAGAUCAUCAACACGGAGAAGCAGCAGCCCUUCCAGAACCUUCUGCGGGAGUACUUCACAUCCCUCACUAAACACCUGAAGAAGGACCACAGAGAGCUGCAGAACAUUGAAAGGCAGAACAGGCGUAUCUUACAUUCAAAAGGGGAGCUGAGUGAGGAUCGCCACAAACAGUACGAGGAGUUUGCCACCUCCUAUCAGAAGCUGCUGGCCAACACUCAGUCGUUGGCUGAUCUGCUGGAUGAAAACAUGCCAGAGUUACCUCAGGACAAGACCGUGCAGGAAGAGCACGGUCCUGGCAUUGACAUUUUCACCCCUGGUAAGCCGGGAGAGUACGACCUGGAAGGUGGGAUCUGGGAAGACGAAGACGCUCGGAACUUCUAUGAGAACCUGGUGGACCUGAAGGCUUUUGUCCCCGCCAUCCUCUUCAAGGACAACGAGAAGGGUGGCCAGGCCAAAGACAAGGAUGACGCCAAAGACGGCAAAGAGGGCAAGGAGGCCGCCAGCACCACGGAGGAGCUGGAGCUGGAGCUGGAGGCUCUGGACAUCGCAGAUGAGCCUCUAGAACUAGAGGGAGCCGACGAAGCAGAGAGUGAAGAACUGGCCAAAAAGCUGAUGGAUGAGCAGGAGCAAGAGGAUGAGGAGGCCAACACCGGAUCUCACUUGAAGCUGAUUGUGGACGCCUUCAUCCAGCAGCUUCCUAACUGUGUGAACCGUGACCUCAUCGACAAGGCCGCCAUGGACUUCUGCAUGAACAUGAACACCAAAUCCAACAGGAGGAAGCUGGUGCGAGCACUCUUCACUGUGCCCAGGCAGAGGUUGGAUCUUCUGCCUUUUUACUCCCGCCUGGUGGCCACUCUUCAUCCCUGCAUGUCUGACGUGGCCGAAGACCUGUGCUCCAUGCUGAAGGGAGACUUCCGGUUUCACAUUCGCAAGAAGGACCAGAUCAACAUUGAGACAAAAAAUAAAACGGUCAGAUUUAUUGGGGAGCUGGCCAAGUUCAAGAUGUUCUUGAAGACGGACACACUUCAUUGUCUCAAGAUGCUGCUGUCAGAUUUCACCCAUCACCAUGUGGAGAUGGCCUGCACCCUGCUGGAGACGUGUGGCCGCUUCCUCUUCAGGUCCCCCGACUCUCAUCUGCGCACCAGCGUCCUGCUGGAGCAAAUGAUGCGCAAAAAGCAGGCGCAACAUCUGGAUGCCCGCUAUGUGACAAUGGUGGAGAACGCUUACUACUACUGCAACCCCCCACCCAUCGAGAAGACAGUGAAGAAGAGACGGCCGCCGCUGCAGGAGUACAUCCGCAAGCUGCUCUACAAGGACCUGUCCAAGGUCACCACGGAGAAGGUGCUCAGGCAGAUGCGCAAGCUGUCCUGGCAGGACCCGGAAGUCAAGAGCUACCUGAUCUGCUGCAUGGUCAACAUAUGGAACGUCAAGUACAACAGCAUUCACUGUGUGGCCAACCUCCUGGCUGGUUUGGUGGCCUACCAGGAGGACGUGGGCAUCCACGUGGUGGACGGGGUCCUGGAGGACAUUCGCUUGGGCAUGGAGGUCAACCAGCCCAAGUUCAACCAGCGCCGCAUCAGCAGCGCAAAGUUCCUUGGCGAGCUGUACAACUACCGCAUGGUGGAGUCAGCCGUCAUCUUCCGCACCCUCUUCUCCUUCAUCUCCUUUGGUGUCAACCAGGAUGGCAGCCCGAGCACGCUGGACCCCCCUGAGCACCUCUUCCGCAUUCGACUGGUGUGCACGCUGCUCGACACCUGCGGACAGUACUUUGACCGCGGCUCCAGCAAGAGGAAGCUUGAUUGUUUCCUUAUCUACUUCCAGCGCUACAUCUGGUGGAAGAAGAGUGUGGACACUUGGACCAAAGACCACCCGUUCCCCAUCGACAUCGACUACAUGAUUACCGACACUCUGGAGCUGUUGCGGCCCAAAAUGAGACUGAGCUGCUCCCUGGAGGAGGCCAGCAGGGAAGUGGCCGACCUGGAGAAGGAAGUGCUGGUCAAACUAGGUAUGGCCAUGGAGAAGGACGGCCGCUCCAGUGCCAUGAGUGAAGGGGAGGGCCUGGAUGAGGAGGACGAUGAUGGUGAUGAAGACGAGGAGGGAGGCGCCGAGACGGAGGAGCAGUCGGGCAAUGAGAGCGAAAUGAACGAAGCCGAGGAUGACGUAAGUCCCUCAUUUCAGUGCACCACAUGCUGUCCUGCCGGCAGGCUCGUCAGCGCCCCCUUUCUUUUUUCCUCGCAGGAGGCGUCUGAAAAUGAAGAGGAGGAAAGGGAUGAAGAAGAGGAGGAGAACACCGACUAUCUGACGGACUCCAACAAGGAGAACGAGACUGAUGAGGAGAGCAAUGAGGUGACCCUACGCGGCGGUGGACUGAAGCACGUGGCGUGUGCCGAGGACGAAGACUUUAUUCAGGCGUUGGACAAGAUGAUGUUGGAGAACCUGCAGCAGCGCAGCGGUGAGACGGUGAAGGUGCACCAGCUGGACGUGGCCAUUCCCCUGCAGCUGAAGAGCCAGUUGAAGAAGGGAGGAUCCAGCCAGUCGUGCAUCAGCGAGGGCGACAGCGAGCUCUCAGAAACCAUGCAGUUCGUCAUGCUCACACGCAAGGGAAACAAGCAGCAGUACAAGAUCUUGAACGUGCCGCUGUCGUCCCACCUGGCGGCCAACCACUUCAACCAGCAGCAGGCCGAGCAGGAAGAGCGCAUGAGGAUGAAGAAGCUCACCCUGGACAUCAAUGAGCGUCAAGAGCAGGAAGACUACCAGGAGAUGCUGCAAUCCCUCGCUCAACGUCCGGCGCCGGCUAACACCAACCGCGAGCGGCGGCCCCGCUACCAGCACCCAAAAGGCGCCCCCAAUGCUGACCUCAUCUUCAAGACCGGAGGAAGGAGACGCUGAUGAGUCCUGAGCUGAAUGAGCAACAGAGCGAAGGAGCAAAGAAGAAGAGGGAGAAGAUCGGCGGGAAACCCGUCGGGCGGGGGGGAGUCCUCUAGACACCCACUGAUGCCGGGACAGAGUUAACCCUGACCUGAACACACACCCUCGCCCUCCUGAGGGCCCUGAGGAGGACAGACCAAUGUGGGACCCGGGGUCAGACAGAUGUCACUCUUUCUUCUGGUCUGUUGCCCGAGAUGACAAACUACUAAGAGGACUUAACAUGUGGCGGCCUAUUGCGGGGACGGGAGACGGACAGAAAGUGCCGAUUGUGGUCAUUGCGCCAAACAGGCAGAAGAAGUAAGGACAUAGUUGACAUGACACGUUUUGUUUGUUUUGGGGACCCUUGAAGUGAACCUGCCAACAAAUGUGAGCGUUGUUGACGUGAGGCUGUGACGACUUCUGAGUAGCGUUCUCUUCCUCCUGUUCCACUGUCAUGUGACCUGAAGCUAGCAAACGGCGCUUAACUGUACAAACCAUAUCAAAAGUAGUUUCAUUGGAGUAAUAAAGCUCAUUUCUAAAGGUUGAACAAUAAAGUUACCCUCUACAUACAUA